AUGGAUACAUCAGCAAAGAUUUCACAUGGUAUUGAGGCUCGAUUUCACAUGGUAUUGAGGCUCGUGAGAAUUACAAUAUAUGCCAGAAGUAGUGGUUUACUGGGAGGCUGUUCAUCAGGUGGCAGUGAAACUGGACUACUUUGCAGGAGCGGUCAUCGCGGCAGGGGCUGCUCCGUGGGCGAGGGUUCAGCGCGGCAGAGACUUCGCCGUGGUCGAGGGUUUAGCGCGGUAGGGACUACACUUUGCAGGAGCGGCAUAUCCUGUGCCGUGGACGAGGGUUCAGCGCGGCAUAUCCUGUGCCGUGGACGAGGGUUCAGCGCGGCAUAUCCUGUGCCGUGGACGGGGGUUCAGCGCGGCAUAUCCUGUGCCGUGGACGAGGGUUCAGCGCGGCAUAUCCUGUGCCGUGGACGAGGGUUCAGCGCGGCAUAUCCUGUGCCGUGGACGAGGGUUCAGCGCGGCAUAUCCUGUGCCGUGGACGAGGGUUCAGCGCGGCAUAUCCUGUGCCGUGUACGAAGGUUCAGCGCGGCAGAGGCUGUGCCGUGGACGAAGGUUCAGCGCGGCAUAUCCUGUGCCGUGUACGAAGGUUCAGCGCGGCAUAUCCUGUGCCGUGGACGAAGGUUCAGCGCGGCAUAUCCUGUGCCGUGGACGAAGGUUCAGCGCGGCAUAUCCUGUGCCGUGGACGAAGGUUCAGCGCGGCAUAUCCUGUGCCGUGGACGAGGGUUCAGCGCGGCAUAUCCUGUGCCGUGGACGAGGGUUCAGCGCGGCAUAUCCAGUGCCGCGGACGAGGGCUCAGCGCGGCAGAGGCUGUGCCGUGGACGUGGGUUCAGCGCGGCAGAGGCUGUGCCGUGGACGUGGGUUCAGCGCGGCAGAGGCUGUGCCGUGGACGUGGUUCAGCGCGGCAGAGGCUGUGCCGUGGACGAAGGUUCAGCGCGGCAUAUCCUGUGCCGUGGACGAGGGUUCAGCGCGGCAGAGGCUGUGCCGCGGACAAGGGCUCAGCGCGGCAUAUCCUGUGCCACGGACGAGGGUUCAGCGCGGCAUAUCCUGUGCCGCGGACGAGGGCUCAGCGCGGACGAAGGCUCAGCGCGGCAGAGGCUGUGCCGCGGACGAGGGCUCAGCGCGGCAGAGGCUGUGCCGCGGACGAGGGCUCAGCGCGGCAGAGGCUGUGCCGCGGACGAGGGCUCAGCGCGGCAGAGGCUGUGCCGCGGACGAGGGCUCAGCGCGGCAGAGGCUGUGCCGCGGACGAGGGCUCAGCGCGGCAGAGGCUGUGCCGCGGACGAGGGCUCAGCGCGGCAGAGGCUGUGCCGCGGACGAGGGCUCAGCGCGGCAGAGGCUGUGCCGCGGACGAGGUUUCAGCGCGGCAUAGGCCUGUGCCGUGAACGAGGUUUCAGCGCGGCAUAUCCUGUGCCGUGAACGAGGGUUCAGCGCGACGGAUAUCCUGUGCCGUGAACGAGGGUUCUGCGCAGCCUCUGGUUACCUUCCAGGAGGCUUCAGUGCGGCAGAAGCUGCGCAAUGAUCGACAAUAGUUUACGCAAAGUUGAAGGCAGCUCGCAGCCUUGUUGGGAAUAAUCAUAGACGUAGCACAGAAGGCAAAGGGAUUGUCUCCGCAC